AUGAGCAGGUACGAACCAUUUGUCGUCGGCGACGAUGGGGACUCGGAUGCUAAGGUUGUAGCAGACCCUGGAGCACAAAAGUGGGAGGGAUAUCGCAAUAAUGACAGCUACUGUGGAAAGGGUUCCUUAUCUGAGGAUGAGACGAACACCAUUGAACAUUUUCUCGCGUCAUUCGCUGUCCGGGACACUGUAUGGCAGCAGGGCGUCGUGUCUGUCUCGUCCGAUGCCGUUUUAGAACUACUGUUUGACGAAGCUGUGAAAGGCGAAGUCAUCGACGCGUACCUAUAUCAUCUAUGCAGCAAUGAAUAUCAGCUCCAACACAAUCCGCAGGUGCGGUGUGGUUGUGUGCCAUGGUUCGUAGCGAAAGCCGUGAACGACGCGCUAUCACGACCAAGUAGGGGAGCGAAAAAGCCGAGCAUCAAUAAGGGUAAUGUACUCGCGUUUGCCAACUCGCUGCAAGUGACCGUAGGCCAAGAGAUUGCCGGAAUCAUGGACAAAAUCCGGUCUGGGUGCCGGUACAUAUUUCUACCCGUACACACCCGGUUCCACUGGCAUCUCUGCAUACUGGAUACCGUCAAACGUGUUGUGUUGGAGUGUAACUCAAUGCGCGACCCCUUCGGCCAGGGGAAUGCAAAGAAAUUGACGCGAUUUUUAUCGUUGUAUAUGAACGCGUCACGACUAUGGCCUAUGGUCAGCGACAUGCCCGAGUACAUUAGAUGCCGACACCAGGGUGAAACGUUGGACUGUGGACCUUUAGUCUGCAUGUUUGCAGAGUGUUAUGCGCGGGCAGGUCCAGAUGUCAAUCUCGUUGGUGUCCUCGGCGAGGACUUCGGCGAUGUCAAGAGCUACCGAGGCACGAUUGCGGCGAGGAUAUUGAAAGGUCCCCCCUUCUGA